AUGGUCAAAGACACAAAGCUAUAUGAUCUGUUGGGCGUGUCCCCAUCCGCUCAAGAGACCGAGCUGAAAAAGGGGUAUAGAAAAGCCGCGCUUAAAUACCACCCUGAUAAGCCUACUGGUGAUGCGGAGAAGUUUAAGGAAAUUUCAGAAGCUUUUGAGAUUCUGAACGACCCUCAGAAGAGGGAAAUCUACGAUAAUUAUGGCCUGGAAGCAGCAAGAAAUGGCGGGCCCGCCUUUGGUGGUGCCGGCGGCGCCGGCGGUGCUGGUGGUCACCCUGGGUUCGCGAGCUCGCACUCUUUCUCCAACGAGGAUGCGUUCAACAUUUUCUCGCAAUUCUUUGGCGGUGGAUCCGGCGGGGCGUCACCUUUCGGAUUUGGUGGAGAUGAUGCGUUCGGAGGAGGUUUCCCUGGCGGAGGUUCGAGCGGCUUCUCCACAGGCGGGUUCCCUGGCGGAGCCGGCUUCCGCACUACUACUGGUGGAAUGCCUGGCGGGUUCUCCAGCUCAGGGGCCUCAUCUCCAUUACCCGAGGAAAAGACUGUUCAGGUCAAUCUGCCGGUCAGUCUGGAAGAUCUGUUUAGCGGGAAAAAGAAGUCGUUCAAGAUCACUCGGAAAGGUCCUGGCGGGGCUCCUGAAAAGCAACAGGUUGAUAUUCAGUUAAGACCUGGCUGGAAAGCAGGUACUAAGAUCACUUACAAAAACGAAGGUGACUACAACCCUCGCACUGGCCGCAGACAGACAAUGCAAUUUAUCAUCCAAGAAAAACCACACGAAAACUACACAAGAGAUGGCAAUGACUUGAUUUACACCCUGCCAUUGACUUUCAAGGAGUCCCUGUUGGGUUUCAACAAAACGAUCCAAACCAUUGAUGGCAGAACCUUGCCUAUUUCCAGGGUACAACCCGUUCAACCAUCGGACGUUUCAACGUACCCCGGCCAAGGUAUGCCGGUUGCCAAAAACCCAAGUCAGCGCGGUAACCUGAUAGUGAAAUACAAAAUCGAUUAUCCCGCAACACUUAACGACUCCCAAAGACGCGCCAUCUCAGAAAACUUCUGA